UGUUUCCUUGAAACUGAGAGAUGUGUUUCUUGGCCACUGAAAAAUUGGAUAUGUUGACUGUCAUCUCUAUGACUUGAGGUCUUCAUCAAAUUUCACUUGACCCUUCUGGGCAAAGGCUAAUCAACUACCACCUGGCUGAGUAGGGAAUCGGAAGAUUGUGCAGGGUCACAGAUGCCCAUUCACAAGAAGUAUCUUAGUGAACAAGGAAAAGGAGCAACCGGUGAAAGAUCAAAACGUGGAGUUGAGAAGGAACGUUUGGGUUCGGAUUUGCCUAAUGGAAUGUCGGUUACAUGUGGAGUGAAGCAAAGGUAUUCAGUGUAAGCUUGUUCUUCAUGCUGACACCCAAACACGGUAUAAAAUGUGUGGCUCCAACAGUCAAUUGUGAAGAUCACAGGUUAAACCCCAGCCUCUUCCUCACUUUGCUUUUCAUGAUGUAAAUGAACUCAGUCUCUGACCAAUGAGGAGCUGAACCAUGGACAGGCUAAAAGAAACUUUCCGGACUGUUUUGUUAAAUCAGUUAUUUCCUUCCUCCAUGGGAGCCUACUAACGGAUUAUAGCGGGAAGGCAAAAGAGGUGAAAGGGGAAGAAACACCUUGAACUGGAAAGCGAUCCUACAAUGAGAAUUACGAGCACAUCUUGUAUCUGCCCAGUCCUAGUUUGUCUCUGUUUUGUGCAGAGGUGUUGUGGAACUGCACAUCAUGGCUCCAUCAAGGUGACCAGAAACCAAACCAAACAUAUAGAGGGGGAAACGGAAGUUCACCAUCGUCCCAAACGUGGAUGGGUUUGGAACCAGUUCUUUGUUUUAGAAGAGCACUUUGGACCAGAUCCUCAGUAUGUUGGAAAGCUGCAUUCCAAUUCUGACAAAGGCGAUGGAUCAGUCAAAUACAUCCUUACAGGUGAAGGGGCUGGGACUAUCUUUACUAUUGACGACACGACGGGAGACAUCCAUUCAACCAAAAGCCUAGACCGAGAAAAGAAAACCCACUAUGUGCUGCAUGCGCAAGCCAUCGACAGACGGACAAACAAGCCACUUGAACCUGAAUCGGAGUUUAUCAUUAAAGUACAAGACAUCAAUGACAAUGCACCAAAAUUCACAGAUGGACCUUACAUCGUUACCGUGCCAGAGAUGUCUGAUAUGGGUACCUCAGUCCUUCAGGUGACAGCUACAGAUGCUGAUGACCCCACCUAUGGAAACAGUGCUCGGGUCGUGUACAGUAUUCUUCAGGGACAGCCAUAUUUCUCUGUUGACCCUAAAACAGGAGUCAUCAGGACAGCCUUGCAUAACAUGGACAGAGAAGCCAGAGAACAUUAUUCGGUUGUCAUUCAAGCCAAAGAUAUGGCAGGACAAGUUGGAGGGUUGUCUGGAUCAACCACUGUCAAUAUCACCCUCACCGAUGUCAACGAUAAUCCCCCCAGGUUCCCUCAGAAACAUUAUCAGCUGUAUGUUCCUGAGUCGGCACAAGUUGGUUCUGCAGUAGGCAAGAUCAAGGCUAAUGAUGCGGACAUGGGGUCAAAUGCAGACAUGAAAUACACAGUCAUGAAUGGGGAUGGCUCCGGAGUCUUUUCCAUAUCAACUGACAGAGAAACACGAGAAGGGAUUAUUUCCUUGAAGAAGCCACUGAACUAUGAAAAAAAGAAAUCCUAUACUCUUAAUAUAGAAGGAGCAAAUACCCACCUCGAUUUCCGCUUCUCACACUUAGGACCUUUUAAAGAUGUAACUAUGUUGAAGAUCAUUGUUGGGGACGUGGAUGAGCCUCCAUUGUUCACUUUGCCUUCCUAUGUCAUGGAUGUUUACGAAAAUGCCGAGAUUGGGACUGCGGUGGGCACAGUUACAGCACAAGACCCAGACAGCGCAAACAAUGUAGUAAGAUAUUUCAUUGACCACAACGCAGAAGAAGAUAGGUAUUUCACCAUUGAUGCAAACACUGGGACCAUUAAAACAGCUAAGGUCUUCGACAGAGAAGAAACCCCUUGGUACAACAUAACAGUCACAGCUUCUGAAAUUGAAAGUCCAGGCCUCCUGAGCCAUGUCCCUGUUGGAAUAAAAAUUCUUGACGUCAAUGACAACCCUCCAGAGCUUGCUGGAGACUAUGACGUAGUUGUCUGUGAGAAUGCAAAGCCUAACCAGGUUAUCCAGACUAUCGGUGCCACGGACAGAGAUGACUUUGCAAAUGGUCAGAGAUUCCACUUUUCUCUGGACAACAGUUUCCCUUUGAAUCCCAACUUUACGCUAAAGGACAAUGAAGAUAACACAGCCAGUAUCCUGACCAGGCGGAGGAGAUUUAGUCGGACGACCCAGGAUGUGUAUUACCUCCCCGUGGUGAUCUCUGACGGAGGGAUUCCUUCUCUCAGCAGUAGCGCCACCCUUGUGAUACGAGUGUGUGCAUGUGAAAGAGAUGGGAGGGUGAGGACCUGCCACGCAGAGGCAUUCCUCUCCUCUGCAGGAUUGAGUACAGGAGCCUUAAUUGCCAUCUUGCUGUGUGUCAUCAUUCUCCUGGCAAUAGUGGUCCUUUUCAUCACACUAAGACGCAGCAAAAAGGAGCCUCUGAUUAUUUCUGAGGAGGACGUUCGGGAAAAUGUUGUUACCUAUGAUGAUGAAGGAGGAGGUGAGGAAGACACUGAAGCUUUUGACAUCGCUGCCCUGCGAAACCCAUCAGCUGCUGAGGAACGGAAGUAUCGGAGGGAUGUCCGGCCUGAAGUCAAACCCACCCCCAAGCAUCCUACUUCAUCCUCUCUUGACAGUAUAGAUGUUCAGGAAUUUAUUAAGCAAAGAUUGGCAGAAGCAGACCUCGAUCCUAGUGUGCCCCCAUAUGAUUCCCUACAGACUUACGCAUAUGAGGGUCAAAGGUCAGAAGCUGGAUCUAUCAGCUCCUUGGAUUCAGCCACUACACAUUCUGACCAGGAUUAUAAUUACCUUGGUGACUGGGGACCAGAGUUUAAGAAGCUAGCUGAACUUUAUGGAGAAAUAGAAUCUGAAAGAACAACUUAA